AUGGGGCCUGCACGUCGAAGAGCCCAGGAAUCGUCUGACGAGUUUGAGGAGUCUAGUUCGGAAAGUGACUUCAAUCCCGAAGAAGACGAGGUGAGCCCGCCUCCUCAAUUGAUGCCCACAAAGACUCGUAAAAGUAGACGGGGCCAGCCUGUUGAAAACGCGGUAAUUGCCCAAGAACCACCUGCUUUCAAGCGCGAAUCGUCAGCUAAACCUGGUUCUAAAGAUAGUUUGCGUGAUAGAUUUGAAUUUUUCUUCACUAGCGAUGAGAAAAGACUCGUGAAAGCGGUUCGAGAUCGGAUCACCUGGGGUCAUAUUCCGUUUGCGCCAGAUCGGAGCCUGUAUUCGGUCUUGGCUCCCGAAAAGGGCUCACAUAUUUCCUCUUUUGCUAGUGUGAAUUUAACUGGAGCACCUGCUCCUCCUUCUGGCUCUCCAAUUGUGUUCGAAGACGCGACCCUGUAUCCCGGCUUGACUCACCAAGCAAAGCGCGUCCUGCUUGCUAACUUUGGGCAUCCGGUUUCCUGUAUCGCUUGGGCACCUUAUCAUGAAGAUGAUUCGCAAUUUUUGGCGUUGGGAAUCGUUUCUGGCCAAAAAUCGCCCCUAGAUCGCAAUGCGGUUGACCCUGAUCUGGCAGUUUUUUCAGAGACUGGCGACCUGCCGGCAAUUUUUUAUAUUUAUUCUUUCAAUCCGAGCACUGAAGCAUUGAACCUUCUCGCUACUUUUUCCUGCAACUUUGGCCCGGUUGUAUCUUUUGCUUGGCGGCCAGUUGAGUCGUCAAGGGAAUUGGCUGUGGUGUUUCAACGCGGCCAAAUGGCACUUAUCAAGGCCGAUGAGAGCGGCUCAUUCCAGAUAGAGGACAACGUUUUCCAGCUGCCUUCGAAAAUUACGUGUUGUGCUUGGAGGUCUUGCGAUGAGCUGGUGGUAGGAACUUUAGCAGGAGAAUUGGCUGAGUUUAAGGUGGAUGAUGGAACGGCGCCUUCGUACGUUUACACUUUUUCUUCUUCACCAAUCUCUGCUAUCCAAACCUGCUACCCGGAUAAUUCUAAUUUUGUAUUCUUCUCGUCUAUGGAUGGUUACAGCAAGAUUGUGGACGUUCGUGACCUGCGUCAUGUUCGGGCAACCGUAUCUCAAAGGGCGCGGACUUUUUACACGCAGGCGGCUUGGAGUCCCUUUGUGAAUUCGUUUGUUUCUUGUGACGAUAGCGUAUUGAGUCGCUUGGUGCCGUUGAUCCAUUCUGAGGUAAUUCUUCUUGGUCUCAAUAUGACGCGACACAAGAGCACUGUGACGGCGUUGGCGGCCUCUCCUGUUCAUCCUAUGGUUCUUACCGGGGGCAUUGAUGGUUCGGUGCGUAUCGCGAAUGCAGUGACCCGGGCAAUGGUUGUGAAGAGAGCUGCAAAGCCACCGACAGAAGCCAUCGUCUGGACUCUAGAGUGCAGUGAAGCAACGUCCACUUAUCGAUUCGUGGAGAACCUUGCAGUAGAACCUCUCGGAAAACCCCCUGCGGCGAGUGAGAAGCUUGUAUUGUUCCCAAAAACAUGUACGAUUACCUCUAUUGAUUGGAUUGUGUCUAGGGCCCAUGGCGGGUGGUAUGCGGCUGCGACUGCUAGCGGGUUGGUCCGGAUAGAAUGCUUGGAUCAAUAA